AUGACCAAGGCAAGGAAGGUGCCAGCGGCGUGUGCGCGCUUCGAGACUCCGCCGCUCGAACCUGCAGACGAGCUGAAGCUCAUUCAGACGGGCUUGCAGUCACUCACAGACCUCGUCCGCCACUCCCGCCUCGAAGGAGGCCCGAUAUUGUGGUCGCUCGACUCGGACGCGGAUGGCGUGCGCAUUUUCACCGGCAUCGACCCUCUAGCACCCCCCAACGUCAACAUUACGCUAUGCGGGGUCAUGGAACUUCAAGGCACGCUCGUCGAAGCCGCAUCGCUCUUUGUACUCGACUCGACCGACGCCGUCCGUCAGUAUCGUGCUCGCUUUUCCAAGGAUAUCGCCGACUACGCGUCUUUAUAUACACUAGCGCCGCGUACCCCGGAGCACCCGCGCAACUACAUUGGCGUCAAAUGGCUCGCGGUCGGCAUGCCGAGCCCGCUUGUAAAGGACCGUGACUUUUGCCUCCUUGAGUGUCAAGACGAUUUUACCUUCAACGGUGUUCGCGGCUGGGCUCGCAGCUUCAGCUCCAUCCAACUGCCCUCCUGUCCUCCCUUCCCGGGCCUCGUUCGUGCAAACUUGUUUCGAGCAGGAUACGUCUUCUUCGAGAGCACGCUCCCGGGCCACUUGAAGUGCGUCCACGUCAUUCAGUCGGACUUCGCGGGCGCGCUUCCGGCGUGGCUUGUGCGUGCCGCCAUGAAGCGCCGCGUGAGGAGCAUCGUCGAGAUCGACACGUUCCUCCGACAACUCCGACUCUGUGGCUCAGCAAGCCUCACCGACGACCAACUCGUGCCACUCUCGACGCGCCGCAGCUGCUUUCUCUGCAGCACAAAGUUCUCGCCGUUUGUCGCCAAGCGGCAGUGCCGAAAGUGCGGCGAAGUCGUUUGCAAGCACUGCAGCAAGCUCUGGGAACUGCGCGGCACAUGCGUCUGCGUCUGUCACAAGUGUGCCACCGGCGCUGGGAUCGACUUGCCACCGAUGCCCACAGACAACAACGAGGCACCCCUCCAGGCGUAUACUUGUGACGACGAGAAGCUACAGCACCACAGACCACUGCCGAGAGCCAUGCAAGUCCUCGCAUGGGUCGCUCUCUUGGCCAUUGGCGCUGACGCUGCCAAGCGGACGCCGUCGAACCCGAUCUGGAAGGAUGUCCUCGCUCUGCCCAACAUUACCUCCAUUGAAACGACGCUCACGACCGACGGCACGUACCUCGAAGUUCGCUACGACGGCGCCAAAGAGACGCUCAAGACCAUCUCCCGCGUUUCGAGCCUUUGCCUCACGGGCGUGUCGCUGCCCGAUGGCCUUAAAAAAUUCUCACUCAACCGUGUGAGCCUCAAGACCAUCCCCAAGGGCUUCACGUGGCCGGCGUCGCUCACUCAUCUAGAUCUUUCGUCCAACAAGCUGACGUCGUACCCUACAACGACUCCGCUCCCUGACGGUCUCGGCUUCUUCAGUUUGAGCAACAACAAGAUCAAGUCGUUCAACGACUACUUUACAUGGCCGAGCAACCUCACCGAACUCAAUCUCGCGUCCAACCAGUUCAGUAGCGUCGUCAAGCUCCCAUCCACACUGACAAAACUGGACCUCUCGGGAAACCCCCUCAAGACCAUCGACGCCCAGCAGCAGUGGCCCGAAACCCUCACCGAACUGGCGCUGACCAACACGCAGCUGGCGGUGCUGCCUGCCAACCUGCCGUCCAACCUAAACAUUGUACACCUUGCUUCCAACAAGAUUGCCAAGUUUCCUUCCAAGACCGACUUUCCCGACUCGAUUCACUACAUCGGCCUGACGCACAACAAGAUCACAUCGCUCCCGUCCAAGAUCGAGUGGCCCAACCUCUUCACAUUAGAGCUUGACAGUAACGCGAUUACAUCCAUCCCAGACGACUUUAGUCUCCCGGCGUCCGUGGGCAUCCUUGCGCUCGACGCAAACAAAAUCACCAAGCUCCCAGCAAACUGCGACUGGCUGGCCCAUUUGUCUUCGAUCACGCUGCGGGACAACGCAAUCUCUGCGUUCACGUCGACAUGCACGCUGCCGAACGCGAUUUCGCUUCAGAACAACAACAUUACAGCCCUCCAGGACAUGGCACUUCCCCAGCAAAUGGACGUCUCCAACAACCCAAUCUCCAAGAUCAACCGCGUGACGUUCCCGGAGGGUGUCUUUUGGACGACGAGCAAGUUUGAGCUCAAGGAAUUUUCGCUCUCAUCCGACAUGUUUGACCUCCUCUCGGCUGCGACGGACCGCACGUACUUCUACCCGCAGUUUACGACGGAUGAUGCCAGCGUCAAGGCGGCGUGUGGCUACGGCACAGUCAAGAAGCUCCACGACUUUCCCAUCUCGAUUUGUGUUGUCGGAUAA